AUGGAACAUUUUGACGUUGCGGUUGUUGGACUAGGUGUGCUCGGCAGCAGUGCAGCAUACCAAGCAGCCCUCAAGGGCGCCAAGGUACUGGGACUAGAACAGUUCGAGUUCGGCCACGUUCACGGUGCCUCGCAUGAUACAUCGCGGAUUGUCCGCAAGUCGAAUUCAGACCCCGAAUAUGUGGCCCUUGUCAAAUCGGCGUACAAGGACUGGGCUGAACUUGAGAGACUCACGGGGCAGAAACUGCUGACCACCACGGGCGGCCUCUUCUUCCUACCAAAAGACGCUCCCUAUCCAAUCGAGAAUUAUAUCAGGAGUCUCACAGUCAAUGGGGUUGUGCACGAGCGUUUGGACAGCAAGGAGGUCAAGGCCCGCUGGCCUCAAUUUGAUAUCCCCGAGGGCGUGGAUACCGUAUAUGAUCCAGAUACCGGCAUUGUCCACGCCAACAAAACCGUUGCUAUCAUGCAGCACUUCGCCCGAUCAAAAGGCGCCGUCCUCAAGGAACACACCCGCGUAGAGCGUGUGCUUCCGAAAUCAUCUGGCAAGGGAGUUGUGCUUCGAACGUCCAAGGGCUCUUUCCAUGCGGAAAAGGUGAUUCUGACCACCGAUGCCUGGACUAACAAGCUCCUGGAGCCUCUUGGGGUUCACAUCCCGCUCGAGGUGAUGCAAGAGCAGAUUACUUAUUUUAAGCCUACCGAGCCAGCUGAGUUCGAGUCUCCUCACUUCCCCGUCUGGAUCUGGGGCGGCCCGCAGAACUAUUAUGGAUUCCCCUGCUACGGCGAGCCAACAAUCAAAGCGGGCCAUGACCAAGCAAGGAACAUGAUGAACCCCGAGCAGCGGACAUUUGUGCAUUCCCCUCGUCUGUUGGGUGAAUUGACCGAGUUCCUCCAGAAGCUUAUGCCAGACAAGGGCCGCCAGCCUCUCCGAACUGUGACUUGCCAGUACUCUAUCACCCCCGGACGACGCUUUGUCAUUAGUCCCUUGGAAAACAAAGACAUCAUUGUCGGGCUAGGCGCUGCGCACGCUUUUAAAUUUGCGCCCGCCUUUGGACGCGUGCUAGCCGAAUUGGCUAUUGACGGAACGACGAAGGAGGAUAUCUCAAAGUUCGGUCUUCCACAGGGUGCUCCUGGGUCCAGCAAGCUCUAA